GACGGACGCAAAAGCUGCAUGCGCAGUCUUCAGUUCAUGGGCUUCUCCUUAGAGAUAGAUCCAGAGGAAUUAGCCUGCUGGCUGGCUAACGUUAGUCUACGUUACAGCCCACAGAGUCUGGGGCUAGAACGUAGCUAGCUUGCUUACCAGCUGUGUUAGCUCGCUAAAACACAACUGGCAAAGCUAUUGAGUCGGCACAGCUGUUGUAAGUCGAAUAAAGUUAUAGAAUAUUGUACAUUCGCGGUUGGAUGGCCGGACAUUUCGAUCAAGUUCAUCUGGGCUGUUUUUAUUUGACUUUUAGCUACUGAGUUAGCCUUCCAAAUCUUCCACAUUGGCAGAAAUGGAGUCAUCUCUUGAAUUGACCACUUCUUUGACUGGGACGUACCCACCAUUGCGGACUCGGAUCUUCAAAAUUAUAGUUAUAGGAGACUCCGGUGUGGGUAAGACGUGCCUGACCUACAGAUUCUGUGCAGGAAAGUUUCCGGACAAAACGGAGGCCACGAUCGGGGUUGACUUUCGGGAGAAAGUUAUCGAGAUUGACGGCGAGAAAAUCAAGGUGCAGCUGUGGGACACGGCUGGCCAGGAGCGUUUCCGUAAAAGCAUGGUGCAGCACUACUACCGCAACGUGCACGCGGUGGUCUUCGUCUACGACGUCACCAACGCCACCAGCUUCCGCAGCCUGCCGGCCUGGAUCGAGGAGUGCCGGCAGCACUCGCUGGGCCAGGAGGUGCCCCGCAUCCUGGUGGGCAACAAGUGCGACCUGCAGCACGGGCUGCAGGUGGGCACCGAGGUGGCGCAGAAGUUUGCCGACUCGCACAGCAUGCCGCUCUUCGAGACGUCCGCCAAGAACCCCGACGACAACGACCACGUGGAGGCCAUCUUCAUGACCGUGGCGCACAAGCUGAAGAGCCAGAAGCCGCUGGUGCUGAGCCAGGUCCCCGGGGACGGGGGGGUCCUGCCCCUGAGGAAGAGCGAGAAUGAGGACGAGAAGAGCUGGUCCUGCGGCUGCUGAGGGCAUCGGGGGACCGCCCCCCCCACACAACCCACCCCCCCCAACUUCCUUUCAAUACUCCUUUUUGUUCAAAACUCCUCUUGUUUUCCUGUCAGAAAAAGGUGACUGUGGUGAGGUGAGAGAUCUUGCACAUUCCCCGGGGGGGGGGGGGCUGUUUUUAUGCCCACAGUACUGGGGGGUUAAAGGAGCUCAGUCAGCCCUGUAGCUCUGGGGACGUCUGAAUGCGCAAAAGAUGGAAAAAUGGAUUCAGAGCUUCAAUGUUCUUUAUGUAAGGGUCUCCGUGGCGAUGGUUUCCCAGCAGCGGGCCACUGUAUCCGGGCUGGAGGCAGCACUGGCCCGACCCGCUCAGUCACCGUGCUUUCGAUGGGGCGGUCCCAGCACCUUCUCCCUCUUCAGGUUUCUGUUUCUGAGUGCAUCCCCUCGCUCGUCAGCCGGGGAACGUCGAAACCAGCGAGACGACCAGGGCAUAGGAAGGGGAACUAGCUGUGCCAGGCUGAUGACCUCGCUGCGUCUGUCUUCGUAAUGUCUUCUGUGGUUGGUCUUAGUCUUGCAUUUCAAGUGAGGUUUGACAGGGAGUUGCGGGUGGGGGGGGGGGGCGGGAGGGAGGGGUGGUACCCAAAAAAAACGAAAGAAAAAACAGGAAACGUGUUGAGCAACUGAACUUGUGAGGGCACGCUCGCGUGUGUGUGCGGCUUCCCUUGUGACGGUCUCGUGGAAGAGAGCUGGGGAGUUUUACACCAUCGCCAGUUCUGACGGGCAUCGCGCGGCGUGGCUUCCUCCAAUGACACCACAGACGAGACCCCAGAGCCCCCUCCCCCCCCAGCGCCAGUCUCCUCCACGCGAGGUUCAUCAGCGCGCCGUCGAUGGGUUAGCGGUUAGCCAGCUGAGCUCAAUAUGGCCGCCAUGACAACAGACAAUCUUCACAGGGGGUCCCCCCCAAAAAAAAAAAAAAAAACUACCCUUAUUUUACUGUAGUCCCCGAUGCUUUACCUGGGUCUUCCAAGGGUGCGAGUCAAUCAGGACCCUGGAGGCUGGCCUUGAUUUUCACUCACUGUGGGACUCUGAUUUUAAAACAAGACUGCAGCCAUCGUCAAGGGACAGAUCUGGUUCUGGACCGUUUGGUAAUGGGCUAAAGUAGACUUGAAAGCGACCCGGGAAGAACACGCAGGUCUGAAUGACUUCUCCCUGGGGUUCAGAGGUCGGAGAGGGACGGACAUUAUCGCAGGCAUUCCGAGGUCUGACGGACCAGCGCACCCCAGCUCUGUUUAUUUAUAGCGUCAGAUGGGACGGUUACAAUUGGGGGCGGGGUCUCAUAUUCACAUUUGCAUUAUUUGUCACGUCUUAAACAUACGAUGUUAAUACUGUGUACCCUUUCUCCUGUGCCCACAGGAAUGUCAUUAAUAUGCCAGUGCUACGUUAAUAAGCCACAAGGCUCUGGGCUGUACUGUGUUAGAGGGCAAAAGAGGGUUUUGUUCCUGUAAAAUUGUUGUUGUCAUUGAUCUGAUUGAGAGAUAUUAACUGCAGACUACCUACAGACAGACUGUGUGCCUAUGCAGGAUGUGACUUUGUAAGCAGACGUGUCGAUUGAUACUUUCACAGAGGAAAGAAGGUCAGUUCCAAGAGUUUAUACACGUCCUGCGUGUGUGAACUCAAAUUCGAUUCCUUACACACAAAGCUGCUUGAAUCUAUUUGGCUAGAGACCCACUACAAAUCAAUGCAGUCAUUCACAAUAAGUGAAGGCUACAUACAUGUUUCUAGUAUAGGGCAUGAGAACACAGGUCUCUGAAACCAAAUGGCUUUAAAACACAAAUAUAUUUAUUUGAAUAAAGAAGUGCACCCCCUCACUGUCAUGGAUAUAAAUCAACAGUCUUUAAAAUGACCAUGUCCUGUAUUUGGGAUAUGUUCCCAUAUGUCUUCUGGUCAGUCAAGGCUUUAGGAUGACAGGGUCAAGCGGCAUUGUGGGAUUUUCUUUCAGAAAGGCUCUCUGGAGUCUUACUGAUACAGUACUGUACUGCGUUUGAGGGACAUGCACUAUAAGGGAAACCAAACAUCUUAAGAAUACUGAUCUGCAGAAUUGCAAAUAAAAAAAAGAAACUGUCACCAUUUGCCAGUAAGUCUGUUAAGUGAAAUAGGAUUUUUUUCUGUGAAAUGCAUUGAGUUCAGAAACCACUACAUUAAGGAAUUAAAGUAUAAACAGUUAUGACCAACAGUUGUGUGUAAAACGUUCAUGACCAACUUUGCUAAGCAGAGAGCAGGCAUUAUCAAACGCGAGUUACCUGUCUGCUUAAGGGUACUUUUCUUUUAAAAGGACAGGUGUAAUAAAUCCCCUUUAAACGGC